UCGUUUUUAUAUUAUUUUUAAAACAUUCCAAAACCGCCUGCGGGACUUAUAUUAAAAGGCGGACGUCCCUCAAAAACUUUUACAACAUUCGAAACGCGCGACAGAGAAAGUUCCGAAAAUUUAAAUUUUCAGUUUGUGAUUUUUUUUUUUGUGUUCGAUUAUUUGUUGUGAAGAUACUUAUAUUAUCAAGUAAUUUUGGAUAAGAUGUCGGCCUGUGUUAAUGAAAGAGUUUUUGAGGAUUCUCCAUUGAAAUCAAAAGUAGCCUUGUUCAAUAAAGUUGCCGAUAGUCACACUCAAAAGCAAGCGGUGAAUCCGUUUUCCAACGACAAAUGCGUUUCCAGCCUUCCAAGACCGAAAUAUUCCAAAGAAGAUUACGGCAGGCCUGUAAAAGGAUCUCUAUCCGAACAAAGAUCGUUCAAAGCUACUAUUCAAGUUUGCAAGGAAAUGCUCCAAUUAUGCGAAGUAAUCACUCAAUGCGGCGAGCCACUGUUCAAAGCUAGCGAGAAACAAGAUGAUCCUAGAGUGGUGAUCAGUUUUGGGAAUCUUUUUUCUAUUUAUGCAGGAAUUUCUGAUAAAGUAGUAGGAAUGCUUAUAAGAGCAAGGAAACAUCAAUUGCUGGAAUUUGAAGGCGAAUGUUUGUUCCAGAGGCGUGAUGAUCAUGUACCAAUUAUCCUAGUAAAAUCUUAUAAGCAAAUUUACAAAAUCCUUAUGGACAAAAUAGAAGUGGCUGCCAAACAGUUACGAGACAGCAUAGCGCAAUACGGCGAAUUGGACACUAACAGUAGCAACUACAUGUAAUAUUUAAAUUAAUUUAUUACAAUAACUGAGGACCACGCACUUUGAUAUUAUUUAAACUGAACACAUUGGAUCGAGUAUUGAGAAAAUGGUGCACUUCAAGAUCAAUUCAAUAAUUAUUCCAUUAUUGCACAGAGUAACUUUUAGUUUGUUGCACUUUGUAGGUAACUAAUUAUUGUAGGAAUUGAGAUGCAUUAUGCCCUAUAAAGACAAAUGAGUGAUAUAGGCUUAAUAAUAAAAUUCAGAAAAAUAGUAUUAUUUAUUUAUUUAGAGAUUAAUUGUUUAGGUGCAAAUAUUUUUUUUUUAUAUACAUUUUAUUUAUUUGAUUCUCGAGUCUUUUCAGAAUGAGGCAAUAUGUUUUUCUUCAUUUUUGUUUUAUUUUUAAAAUAAAAGUUAUGUGAGUAUAA